CAAAGAGGGUAUGAAAGUCAUCAAGUGUGUGAGUGGGAGUGAGACUGAAUGAUUAAGUGAUUGAGUGAAACUUUGAGCGAGAGUGUGUGUGAAACUAAACAGCACCACCUCUCAUUAUGGGCCGGCAGACAUUGCUACUUAAAAUUUCAGAAAAUGAAACUGUUUCGACGAAGAAUCCUACCGAAGAAGAAAGAGGAACUUGGGGAAAUCAGGUUGAGUUCUUCUUCACGUGUCUUGGAUAUGCUGUAGGCCUUGGCAAUGUUUGGCGCUUCCCUUACUUAUGUUACAGAAAUGGAGGAGGUGCCUUUUUACUCCCGUACAUUAUUUCACUCAUCUUCUUGGGAAUUCCUUACGUUUUUCUGGAAAUAUCAUUCGGACAGUUUGCCGGACGUGGACCACUGAGUAUCUGGAAAGCCAGUCCAGCUUUUAAAGGUAUUGGCUACUCUAUGAUAACCAUAGGGGCCGUCCUUGCUGUUUACUACAACGUCAUUUUGGCAUAUUCCUUUCAUUUCUUCUUUGCCUCUCUCCGGAAGAAUUUGCUAUGGUCUAACUGUUUGAAUACUUGGAAUACUUGCAACUGUUUUUCUGAAACACAAAAUGGCAUGCUUAAAAGUUUCAGAGACACUCUGGAUGGUCCUAAUUUUACCGAUUUUACGAGAUUUCUUGAUGAAAGACAUUCACAUUGCUACACGAACGCCAGAGAGUUGUACGAUAAUGUAAUCGGCAGCUGGACUGGGAAUAUAACAGACUUGAAGCAGAUGUUAAACAUGACAGAUCUAAACAGCCCAAGUGAAGAAUAUUUCUACAACCGUGUAUUAAGUAUGAGUUCGGGUGUGCACCAUUAUGGAACAAUACAAUGGGAAUUAGCUCUGUGUUUGCUACUAUCUUGGAUGGUAAUAUUCUUCGUUCUGAUUCGCGGAAUAAAAAGCCUUGGAAAGGUUGUUUAUUUCACGUCAUUGUUUCCGUACGUCCUCCUGACAGCACUUAUCAUAAACGGAUCUACUUUAAGUGGUGCUGUGGAUGGUAUUAUGUACUAUUUGAAACCAAAUGCCGAAAGACUUUUGGAUGUUCAUGUUUGGAAAGAUGCGGUCGUACAAAUCUUCUUCUCUCUGUGUACGUGUACUGGUGGCCUAGUCGCUAUGUCAAGUUACAACAGAUUUCAUAAUAACAGUCUCAGAGACGCCAUACUGGUUCCCAUUAUAAACUGUCUGACCAGCAUCUAUGCAGGAAUCGCUAUAUUUAUGGUUAUUGGUCACAUGGCUCAUGUGAAAGGUGCUUCUGUGGCAGACGUCAUUACGGAAGGUCCAGGCCUUGUAUUUGUCGUGUACCCGGAAGGAUUGUCACAAAUUGUAGCAGCUCCAGUCUGGUCGGCACUGUUCUUCUUGAUGAUGCUCUGUCUGGGCUUCAGUACGAUGUUUUCAGGAUCAGAGAUGAUAUUUACAGCUAUAAUCGAUGACUAUGCUGAUCACCUACGUAAGAAGAAAGCCAGUAUCCUCUUCCGUCUUUUCAUGUGUAGCAUGUUCUUUCUGAUCGGGCUCUGUAUGUUGACAAACGGUGGUCACUAUAUGCUGAAUCUAUUUGAUACCUACCUGGGUGGAUUUCCUUUACUUGUAGUCGGUGUGGUUGAAGGAUUUGUUAUCAGUUGGGUAUAUGGAAUCAAAAGAUUUUCAGAAGACAUAGAAAUGAUGCUGGGAAGGAAACCAUUUAUUGUAUUUAAAAUCUGUUGGAGUUUCAUCGGGCCGUGUUCAAUCUUGGUGGUGAUUAUAAUCAGCGCAAUUUACCAAAAAGGUCUGACCCUCGGUGACUAUGUCUACCCGGACUGGGCCAACGGGAUUGGCUGGAUGAUCGUUGGCAUUUGCGUUUCAUCUAUACCCGCGUAUUUCUUUUAUUACCUGUUCAAAAGUCCAUUAUUCAUAGAGUCAUUGAAAGCCAUUGUAACCCCAGCAGCUGACUGGGGACCUUCUCCGGAUUCCGCAAUAAGCAGGCAGGCCAAGGUAGUCGACCCGUCAACUGUUAAGAAAAGUAAUCUUCAAGGAGUUCAGAACAUAGCUUUCAGUAACUUGUAGUCAACAAAUUCGAACGUCAACGUAACAGAGAUAUAUGGCAGAGAAGAUAGUGAUAUUCAUGAGGGUAUCACUGAGAUUGUUGUUGUUGUUGUUGUUGUUGUUGUUUUACAUCAGGUGAGCUCACCAAACAAACAAACAUAUGAUUAAAAUAUUCAAGCCAUGACGAACCUAUUUGUUAGUACAUCGAGGACAACAUUGCAUCUCUUUUGUACAAAAGUCAUCGAGAUAUAAACAAAACCCUACAUACU